AUGGUCUACCAGCUCAAGCCCUUUGAUCCUAUAGCUCCUGUUCCUGGCGAAAAGAAGCGUGUGGCCUAUUUCUACGACAGCGAUGUUGGAAACUAUGCCUAUGGCGCAGGCCAUCCAAUGAAACCACAUAGGAUAAGAAUGGCCCAUUCUUUGAUCAUGAACUAUGGCCUAUACAAAAAAAUGGAAAUAUAUCGUGCCAAACCUGCCACAAAACAAGAAAUGUGCCAAUUCCACACUGAUGAAUACAUAGACUUUUUAUCAAGAGUGACUCCUGAUAAUUUGGAAUUCUUUCAAAAAGAACAGGCCAAAUUCAACGUUGGCGAAGAUUGCCCCGUAUUUGAUGGUUUGUUCGAAUAUUGCAGUAUCUCUGGUGGUGGCUCAAUGGAAGGUGCUGCAAGACUUAACAGAGGCAAAUGUGAUAUUGCCAUUAACUACGCUGGUGGUUUACACCACGCUAAAAAAUCUGAAGCUUCCGGCUUUUGCUACUUGAAUGAUAUCGUUCUUGGUAUCAUUGAACUAUUAAGAUACCAUCCUAGAGUUUUGUACGUUGAUAUCGAUGUCCAUCAUGGUGAUGGUGUCGAAGAAGCUUUUUAUACAACUGAUAGAGUAAUGACUUGCUCUUUUCACAAGUAUGGUGAAUUUUUUCCGGGAACCGGUGAACUAAGAGACAUCGGUGUAUCAAAGGGCAAGUAUCAUGCUGUAAAUGUCCCGUUAAGAGAUGGUAUUGAUGAUGCAACUUACAAAUCUGUCUUUGAACCAAUAAUUGGCAAAAUCAUUGAAUGGUAUCAACCUUCAGCUAUUGUUCUUCAAACUGGUGGUGACUCCCUCUCUGGUGAUAGAUUGGGUUGUUUUAACCUCUCAAUGAGAGGCCAUGCCAAUUGUGUCAACUAUGUCAAGUCCUUCAAUAUUCCACUCAUGGUAGUUGGAGGUGGUGGUUAUACAAUGAGAAAUGUUUCGAGAACUUGGACUUUUGAGACUGGUAUUCUAAAUAACGAAAUAUUGCCACACGAAUUACCUUAUAAUGAUUAUUAUGAAUAUUACGGUCCUGAUUAUAAAUUAGAUGUCAGGCCCUCAAAUAUGUAUAAUGCCAACACUCCUGAGUACUUGGACAAAAUUAUGUUGCAAAUAUUUCAAAAUUUAGAACGCACAAAACAUGCUCCAAGUGUUCAAAUGCAUGUAACUCCUAAUGGUCCAGAAGAUUUAGGCGAUGUCGAUGAAGAUCUUCAGCCUUCUCUUGAUACCAAAGGUGGUUCUCAAUAUGCUCGUGAUAAUCAAAUUCAACCAAGAAAUGAAUAUUAUGAAGAAGAUAAUGAAGCUGAGGGUAUUGACUCUAAAAAUUAUGAAAAUAAUUCAAAAAAUUUAACUCAAAAAGAAAAUGAUCCUGAAAAAAUGGAUAUUGAUAAUGAUGAGGUUCCUCAAAGUCAUUCUUCAACCAAUACUACUACUACUACCACUACUACUGCUAUUAAUAAUAAUAAUAAUAAUAAAACCAAUGAUAAUGCUAAUGCUAAUGCUAAUGCUAAUGCUGAUGCUAAUGUCAAUGCUGAUAAUGAUAAUGAUAAUGAUGUUGAAAUGAAUAAUAUACCAGGAAUGACAGUUUUCAAAAAAAAUUCAAAUGGUAGAAUAAAUAUAAAUACCAUAUCGCCCCCUCCUGAUAAAAAACAAAAUAGUCAAUAA